CCAACACGGACGCAAAACCUGUCGCUCCUUUUCCUUUCUUCCCGAAGUCUCUUCUUCUGGAUCGUCAGCCCACAACCGACACCCAAGGCCAAAACCCGACGAGAUCCUCUUCUCCCUCCACCCCCACUCCAGCCACACAGAGCAAGGCAGGCAAUCGCGUCACCACCGUCGACCCCCCCGUCCGUCGAGGUAUGAGACAGGAGGCCGCCAGCCUGGUGGUCACCCGCGAAGACCACCGGCAGCACCACCACAGCCGCCCGCCGCCUCCCGACGAGGAGGACGGGGAGGAGGAGGAGGAGGACACGGAUGCCGUGGCCCCGUCGUCCUGCGCGACGAUCCUGCUGCGCCGGGUGAGCGGCGAGGCCGAGGCGGUGGAAAGUGAGGAGCCGCUGCAGCUGGUCCCGCCGCUCAACUUCGCCAUGGUGGACCACGGCGUGUACCGCUCCGGGUUCCCGGACGCCUCCAACCUGCCCUUCCUCGAGACCCUCCGCCUCCGCUCCGUCCUGUGCCUCUGCCCGGAGCCGUACCCGGAGGCCAACCAGGAGUUCCUCCGUGCCCACGGGAUCAGGCUGUUCCAACUCGGAAUCGACGGCUCCAAGGAACCCUUUGUGAGCAUUCCCGAAGACAGAAUCCGCGAGGCUCUGAAAGUUGUUCUAGACACAAGAAACCACCCGGUGCUUAUUCACUGCAAGCGUGGAAAGCAUCGAACUGGCUGUGUUGUUGGAUGCUUGAGGAAACUGCAGCGCUGGUGUCUAACAUCAGUAUUCGACGAAUACCAGCGUUUUGCUGCUGCGAAAGCAAGAGUUUCUGAUCUAAGGUUUAUUGAGCUAUUCGACGUCUCAAGCUUAAAGCAUUUACCCGCGUCUUUCUCAUGUUGAGCAAGAAGCAUACAUGGGCGGCCUCUGGGGGCCCAGAUUGGCAUUUCUUUCCCGUAUCUAGUAACAUGGCCGAUAAGAAAUAACUGUUAAUACUACUUUUGAUUCUGUUUUUGGCUCACAAAUCAUGAAGUUGACCCUGACAAGUUAAACAUUGUCAGUCAUUUUUGAAGCUAGGGUAGAUAUUAGAUAGGCUGCAUGAGUUAUAUUCUCACCGUUGCUGCAUUUAUCAUAUGUUUGCUGGCGUUAUGUAAGCAUGUAAUAAUAGUCUGUAAUUAUGUUAUGUUGUAUAUAGUACUAAAUAAAAAUCAGUCUGGCAAGCAAA